AUGCACGUAAGAGUAAGAACUUUUGGUAAGCCUGAUACUAUAGUUGUGGUUGAAUCUAAGCUGACCAAGAUAGAACAGUUUCGAAAGAUUGUAAAGGAAAAGUUUGACGUCGAUCCGAAGCUGCAACGGUUAUUCUAUGGCGGGAAGCUGCUUGAAGAUGGUUACACUUUCCACGAUUACAACAUCAAACUUAAUGAUGUAAUUCAGCUCAUGGUGAAAUUGCAGCCAAAUGAUGGUUCAGUAAAGGAAAAAGCACAAAUUUCUGAUAAAAGCCUUGAGCAAAGUAAUGAAACAAAUAGUGAGAAAAAUUCCUAUAAUGAUGCCGAAAGCAAUUUUUACGAGUUAGGAGACUUAGUUGAUAUGAAAGACAGAGAACAAGGCUCCUGGUUAGAGGGAAAGGUUGUAAGAAUAGUUUAUGAUCCUGAAGCCAAUCCAAUUAUCGAUCCUGGAGAAGCAGGUACACAGAUAGAAAAAAAAGUCACGGAAACAAACUCUGGCAAAGAAAGUGACCUUGAAAAUGAACCACCUAAUGAAAAAGAAGAUGAAGAAAGUCCAAAGUCAAAGAAAAAAGGUAUUGCAAAGUAUUUUACCCAAUCUCCAAGAGCAAAGAGACCAAUUGGAAAAGAUUCUACUAAAGCUGAAAAUAGUGGAAGAAAGACCAUAGAACUAUUAUAUAAAAUUCAAUUAGACAAUGAUGAAGAAGAUUCAGAUUUAUAUUGUAAGCAGUCAGAAAUAAGACCACGGGCACGAACUGUUAUUGACACGAAUGAUUUAAAAGUAGGCCAGAAGGUGAUGUUAAAUUAUAACACUGACGAACCACUUGAAAAAGGAUAUUGGUAUGAUUUUAAGGUAGAUGAAAUCAAGAAAUUGAGGUCUAGUUAUGAGCUUGUUGGCACAUUGUACUUGGGAGCAGAUUCAGUGCCGCAGAAUGAAACUAAAGUUAAGGUCCAUGACAAAAUCUUUGCUAUAGAGGAGGUAAUACCAGUUGACCAGAGAUCUGAAGACCAAAAGAAAAUGAUGAAAACGCAACCAGAUAAAAGAUCUCAACCGUUGAACUGUCUGACGUGUCGGGACAAUGAAGACGCUCCAUGCAAAGAAUGUGGAUGUUGCGUGUGCUUGGGCAAAGAGUCACCAGAGAUGAUCGUACUGUGCGACGAGUGCGACCGCGGGUACCACAUGCGGUGCCUGGUGCCGGCGCUGGCGCGGCUGCCGGAGGGCGACUGGUACUGCCCGGAGUGUGCGCGCGACCCCGCCGCCGUGGUGGCGCCGGGCGCGCGCCAGCAGCGCCGCAAGCAAGCCCCCGCUGCCGGCACGCGCGACUGGGGCCGCGGCAUGGCCUGCGUCGGAAAAACGAAAACAUGUGCGAUGCCGGCAAAUCAUUUUGGCCCUAUCCCAGGCAUUGAAGUGGGCAUGUGUUGGAGAUUUAGAAUACAGCUGUCGGAGUCGGGUGUUCACCGUCCGCCGGUGUCUGGCAUCCACGGCCGCGACGUCGAGGGCGCCUACAGCAUUGUGCUCUCAGGUGGGUACGAGGAUGACGUCGACAACGGGUACGAGUUCACGUACACGGGCAGCGGCGGCCGCGACCUCUCCGGGAACAAGCGCACGGCCGAACAGUCCUGCGACCAAACCCUCACCAGGGAGAACAAGGCGCUGGCUCGCAACUGCGCAGCGGAGGUGAGCGCGGGGGGCGGGGACGCGGGAGCGGCGUGGCGCCAGGGCCGGCCCGUGCGCGUCGUGCGCUCCUACAAGAUGCUCAAGCACUUCCCCAAGUACGCGCCCCUCGAGGGCAUCAGGUACGAUGGAAUCUAUAAAGUAGUGAAGUACUAUCCAGAAAAAGGCCUGUCCGGAUUCAUCGUUUGGAAAUAUUUGUUACGAAGAGAUGACCCUAGUCCUGCGCCGUGGGAGCCCGGCGCUAAACAUUAUCCUAUCAUCUAUCCAGAUGGCUACUUAGAGGCUGAAGCUGAAAAAAAGGCUCUCAAAGAGAAGAAGUCGAAAAGCACCAAAGGAAAUAAAAAACGCGCGCUUCAAGAGAGUAAUCAGUCGACAGAAUCUGAGCCCGAUGCUACGCCGCCUAACAAGAAGCGCAAGACGUCGCCUGAGAAGCGGUCUUCUAGUAAAAGCUUAAAGAAAGGUUCAAAUGGUACUCCAAAGAAGACAAUUCCAAGUAUAUUUAAUGUUAAAAGUCCAAAGAGCAACAAUACAACUCAAAAGGACACCGAGAGUACAUUGAGUCCCGAAGAGAAGGAGGCUGUCGAGUCAGAUACAUUGAACUGCAAGCUGUGGGAGGAAUGCAUUGCGAUGUGCCACAGCGGCGGGAAGAAGGAGUUCGUGGAGCACGUGACACAAGUGUUUCUGUGCAUUAUAUGUCAAGAAGUCGCCGUCAAUCCUGUCACCACGCCCUGCUUGCAUAACUUCUGCAUGGCGUGUUUGAAGCUGGCGUACAAGUCGACGGAAUCGCAGAGUUGUCCGUGCUGCCGACAGAGCCUGGCCAAGUUCGAACCCCAGGUGAACGAGCCGCUGCGUACUGCUCUGCGGACCGUUAUGCCUGGCUACGACGCGGGCAAGAAGUAA